AUGCCUUCAAAUUACCGCGUCGUCGAACCGCAUCCGUCAGUCCCUCAUGCCGGCCGUCCAGCCGUCUACACCGGCCGAGGAGGAUGCGGGAAUGUCGUCAACCUGAAGAAUACCAAGACCACCGACUCGCGCAGCGCAACCGGUCCGGCCUCGCUCGCCCGUCUCGACUCCCGCACCCCAACAACCUUCAUCUCCGGCCGCGGUGGUGCCGGCAACAUCCACAGCAGUUCCGAACGGGCCAUCUUCAGCUUCGACGAAGAACUCGAACGCCGCACCCGUCUACCACGUCGGACGGGGGGUGCCGGCAACACCAUGUACCGUGACGACUGCAGCAAUUCCACCCUGAGUCGCAAGUUCUCCGCCGCCAGUACCGCUACGAAUUCCAGCUCUGGAUCGGUGGCAGAUCGUGCCCGUGAUAUGGCACGUCGUGGUCUCGAGAAGGGUUGGGGAAAGCUGAAGGGUACUGCCUAG